UUUAUUUUCAAGUACUGAUUUUUAUCGUGAUUGAAAAUAAUUCAUUCAUUUUAGCAUAAAGACUUUAGGAAGAUUGACUCGAAUAUGGUGGAAUACUUGAAUUCGAAACUAAUUUUGGGUGCAAUGUCAUGCUUAGCUAUAGGCAUCUUAUUAUUAGAUUCACAUGUGGAUGCUUCAGCAAUAAGAUCAAGAAGCAGCUCUGAAGAGAAUUCCGAAGAAAGAUGGGGCAGAGAUAGGGAUUGGAGAGACCGAGACAAGGAUAAAAAGAAGAAGAACUUCAAAUGUCCAUCGUCCUACGGUACCUUCUCCGAUAUUGAAGAUUGCUCAGCAUAUUUUAUGUGUAACAAUUGGAAAUCCAAGUGGAAAUCCUGUCAAAAAAAUAAACGUUUUGACAGGUACAGAAAAGUUUGUCUUCCAUUCAUUAUUGCCGUAUGUGAUGACGGAAGUGAUGACAAAAAGACAACGAGAGGGGUAGUUGGAACCACAACUCCUAAAGAUAAUUCAUUCACGUGUCCAAGCUUCAUGGGAACUUUUCCUGAUCCAAAUGACUGUUCCAAGUACUACGAAUGCGCUUUCUUUAUUCCAAGUUUAAAAACAUGUGAAAAGAAUUUUCUUUUUGACGGAGUCAAGAAAAAGUGCAAACCAGAAAGGGAAGUGAACUGUGGAUCAAGAAAAAGACCGACAAGUGAAACCACAGUCGGUACAACACCUAUACCAACAAGACCAGAACCAACUACAACUACCUCACAGCCAACAACCACUCCACCUACAACUCCACAACCAACCACCACCCCGCCUACGACUCCACAGCCUACCACUACCCCGCCUACAACUCCACAGCCAACCACAACCCCGCCUACGACUCCACAGCCUACCACUACCCCGCCUACAACUCCACAGCCAACCACAACCCCACCUACGACUCCACAGCCUACCACUACCCCGCCUACAACUCCACAGCCAACCACAACCCCGCCUACAACUCCACAGCCAACCACCACCCCACCUACAACUCCACAGCCAUCCACUCCAACUCCAAAGCCAACUGGACCACCUGAAACAGAUUGUGAUGAGGAUGAUUUGGAUUGCAUCAUUAAAGAAACUGGGGAGAUUCCUGAAUGGUUUGAAUGCCCAGAAGACAUUGGAGCCUAUCGUCAUCCAAGUAGCAAUAAGCUCUUCAUUUUCUGCAUGAAUUGGAAGCCUCAUGUGAAGAAGUGUGGACAGAACUUAGUGUAUUCUGAAAAAAUGAGAACUUGCGUUACGCCAUAAGAUGAAAAAAAAAGUUUUCCUUGCGUAAUAAGGGAUUUUUUGGUUCAUAGUUAUGUAAAAAGUACCAAAAAUAAUGUUAUUUAUAUAAAUAAAUCUUAAUAUAAUAAAUGUUUGUGACAAAAAAAUAUUUACUGUAGAAUUCAUUUUGCUGUACUAAUAAACGAAGGAAUUUGUGUGAC